AUGGAGUCUUCUCGUGGUGUGGCUCCGCCUGCUUCUUCCGACGACGCAAGCGGCGGCGGCCUCGUCGACGACAAGGGCGGCGCCCGUCUGUUCCCGUGCCUCUUCUGCAACAAGACGUUCCUCAAGUCACAGGCGCUGGGCGGGCACCAGAACGCGCACAAGAAGGAGCGCGUGGUCGGCAGCUUGGACCCCUACGCCAGCUCCUACUCCUACGCCGCCGGGAUCGAGCUCGAGGCGCUCGCUGCCAGCGGCAGCGCGCCCUCCGCGACGUCGUCGACGCUCGCGGCAGGCUCCCCGCACUGCAGCGGUGGCGCGGUCGCAGGUGGCGCCUGCAGCAGGUCUCGGGAGGUGCCGCAGUGGGCUGCGGCUGCCGCGGCGCUGCGCUCGGAGAUGGUGGGGAGGUGGAGCGACGCCCAGCAUGCGCCGGCGCACCAGCUGGACCGCGGCGACAGCGUGGUCGGUGUCGACGUGCUCAAGUGGACCAGGUCCAGGAGUGCCCUGGCGCCGGUGGAGGCCUCCAACUCCAAGGGGGCGAUGGAAGAGCCCGACCUCGAGCUGAGGCUCUAG